ACCAUUUGCCGUGUGCCGUGACACGACUUGCUUUCUUUCUCUGGCGGUGGCGGCCUCUCACCCCGUCUCCGGCAUGGACGUCCUGGCGCCGCUGUCCCGCGCGCAUAUCGGCUCGCCGGCCGCGGCGGCCGCCUCCGCUCGCCCAUACGUUCUUCAUCGUUUCAACCGGAGGACCAUCCGCCGGCGAGGCGCCGGCCUGCGCUGCCGCCGGCGCCUGCUCAGCGCGCGGGGAGAGCGCCCGGCUCCGGAUGACGAUGAGGACGACGGGGAGGUGGCUGGGUUCGACGCAGCGGUGGCGCUAUUCAACGGCGGGGAGUACCACGCGUGCCACGACGUGGUAGAGGAGCUCUGGUACAGCGCCGAGGACCCCGGCCGGACGCUCCUCCACGGCGUCCUCCAGUGCGCCGUAGGCUUCCACCACCUCUUCAACCAGAACCACCGCGGCGCCAUGAUGGAGCUCGGGGAAGGCCUCUGCAAGCUCCGCCGCCUGCGCCUGGAGGACGACGGCGACCAAGGGCCCUUCUCUCGAUUCCGGGACGAGGUCGCCGCCGUGCUCAGCUUCCUCUACCGCACCCAGAAGGAGCUCGCGGCAUGUAACGACGAGCUGUGCUUGGCCAUGGAUGGCUCCGCGACCUCGUACCAGCUGCUCGGCGACUUCGCUGCCGGGCAGCGGCUGUACCGGCAGGGAGUCGACGCGGACGGCGUCCCGAGCAUCCUCUUCUCCGGCCGCUCAUCCGGCGACUACCUCGCUCCUCCAUGCACGGGAUCCAUCCUAGCCCCACAAUGAAGCCUGACUGUUCCCGCAAAAAAAAAAUGAAGCCUGACUGUCACCACGAUGAUAGGGCAUGACAGUCUGUCUCGAGAAGGUCCUCGGAAUCGGAUAGACCUAACGCGACCAUGGCCUCCUACUACACAUCUGCCCAACAUCCUUGCCAAGGCCCAGAUGACGGGCAUCCUCCCUUGUUGUGUUAGUCGAGGCCGGCGGCCGGCCAAUGGCACCGUCAUUGCGUGUGCGUUGCUAUAGAAAAAAAAUGUGUCUAAAGUUUUUAUCUUGCGGACUAUAUCUAAAGGGGAGAUUCAAAAGAGAACGAUGUGGCUCACGUACCCAGGUCAUUGUAUCUGAAGUUUCUAUUUA